UAAGAUCCUAUUUAAGUCGGGAUCGAGAUUUCAAAUAAAUAGGCGUUUCGCUUUGUUUGUAAACAUUGAAUCAUUGUUUUUUUUUUUUGCCAACUUUGUAAAAAAUCAGGCGAUCAAUUAGAAAUAAUUAUAUUGCACAAUGAAAGUUCUGACGUAUAUUGAUAAACCUGGUUUAUGCCAUGGAGGAGCAUGACAUAUCAACAGUCAGACGAGCCUCUGAUCUCCCUGUAAGUACAAAAAGUUCAGUGUCGAGUGGUCUUGUACAUCAUAUCGAGUCCACUACAGCCAGUGUCAAGUUAUCAGGGUAUAAAGUAAGAACGCUUUCAGACACUGAGUCGGAGUUCACCUCAUCAGAAGAAGAGGAGAGAGACUACACAAUCACGGAGAUUGACUUAAGCAAGGAGGUUGCGCCCUUGUCUGGGUUAGAGGACACAGAACCUCUCAGUGAUAAAGAUGACAGUAUCUCAGUGUCCUUGAAAAACUCCUGCAACUUUAAAGAACAGGUGAAUUUUCCAUUAGAGACUCCAGACCCAGUCAUUAGAGAGGUUGUGGAAGAGGCACAGAAGAAAUUAGAUUUAAAGAGAGUAUUUUCUGAGGUUCGGUUCAAUCCAUUUGAUCGAGAUCUACACAUGGAGGAGGAACACUACACAGAUGAUGGCAUUCCCACUCUUAGCAGUGAACAAGAAUACAAGUCCAGUUCAAAUGGCAGUUCUUGGGCCAAUGUGUCUGAUGACAAUCCUGAUGUUACAAAUGCUGACCUUGGACUUGCUGAGGAUCACUUUUCUCAUCCAGAGGGGCACUUUGGAUUAAGUAACACAGAAGAACUAGAAAUGGCAAUAGAAAAUUGUAAAGAACUGAUUGGUCGAGCCCAGCCUCACUCUGAUCGACACAAAAAUCUUGUCCAGAAACUGGUACAGUUGAGGCUUAAACUUCAAGAGUUGAAGGAUGGACCUGAUCCGAUUCCAGUGGACGUGAAGUUGGUGGUCGGACAUAAGUUCCAGACUCAAGAAAGCCGAAGCACCAAGUACUACUGUGAGAAGUGUAACGCUAUGAUUCUGGGAGUCAUACAGAAGUGGUUCCGCUGCUCUGAGUGUGGUUAUAGCUGUCAUGAUAAAUGCCUGAACAAUAUCACCAGGAUGUGUGCUAGUCAAAAGGUACUGGAAAGUCCAGAGUACUUCCUUUCAAUCUGUCCAAACAGAGGCCUGUCUGCUCAAAACUACCGCUGUGCUGAGUGCCGCAAAGCCAUAUCAUUCAAGCCUGGAUUUAGCGAGCCUCGCCUAUGUGACUACUCGGGGCAAUACUUCUGUGAACUCUGUCACUGGAACAACACUAUGGUCGUUCCAUCACGAGUCCUUCAUAACUGGGAUUUUGAACCAAGAAAGGUGAGUCGUGCCUCUAAGCAGUUUCUGAAGCUGAUGACAUUAAAAGCAGUAAUAAGGAUACAAGAUGUCAAUCCAAUGUUAUUCAACUUUGUGGAGGAACUGAAUGAUGUCAAGAAACUCCGGGAGGAGCUAUUAAUCAUGAAGAAGUACCUGUUAGUGUGUACAGAGGCCAUGAAAAAGAAGUUCCUUCUGCUGCUAAGCGAGCGACAACACUUUGUGGAGACUUCGGACAAAUACUCGAUGCAGGAUCUACUCGACAUUACAUCAGAUACACUCCUUCCCGAACUGGCCAAUAUACACACAACAUGGGCCCAGCACAUCAAAACAGAUUGUCAAAAAUGUCAGGCUAAGGGCUUUAUCUGUGAGUUGUGUGAUGACAAAGAGACAUUAUUCCCCUUUGAUAGCAUAGCAGUGGUCUGUUCCCAGUGUUCUUAUGUCCUGCACAGACAUUGUUUUGCCAAAAGGGGUGCCCAGUGUCCAAGAUGUGAAAGAAGAAGUAAGAGAAAUGUCAACUAAAAACUUAAAACAUGCUGAUGUGCAAUGUCAAACUUUGAAAUCAUCAAUUCAUGUGAUACAUAUGUAUUUGUUUACAAUAAACUGUGAUUUCUGUU